AUGGUACCGUUGGAAGUAAAAAGCAAGUUUAACGCUGAAUUUAGAAGGCUUAGUAUCGAUCCAUCGUCAAUAAAGUCAUUUGAGGACCUCUACAACAUACUGGAACGUGUCCAUGGCCUUUACAAUGUCAAAUUUGUCAUUCAGUAUGUUGAUCCCAAAGAAAAUACACUCUUGCCCAUCAACAACGACAAAAACUGCGAGCGUGCGUUGUCCGUUGCCACGAAUCCACUGCGGAUAUUAAUCCAGUUGAAAGGCGAGAGUUAUGGUGAGCUACGGGGUUACAAGGCUCCUAACGCCGUAUUCAUGCGUAAAAAACCUGCUGAACUCGUGCGAUCGAUUGGUUCAGAGAAGCCCAAACCAGGCCAUCAAUCAAUCACACUUCUUGAUGACUUCCACAAAGUUUCUUCUAUAAUAGAUGAUGGCACCGUACCAGAGUGCAUGCGAAGGUAA